AUGAGGGUGCGGCACUUGCAGUCCCACCUGACUGACCAGCAGCUCAUCCGCCAGGGCAAGAUUGAUGCACUUCGGCGUGUGAAGAUGGGCGUGGAUACCGUGUUCUGGCUGCGUUCUAUCCAGGCGCUGAAGGACCCGUUCGCGGACGCGCUGGGUGGCAUUCCUCCUGGCAUUUUCGGCUUCGUGGACAAGGAGCUGGAUUGGUUCAAGCGGUUCGACAUCAACCCUCUUUUUGUGUUUCAGGGCGUGGCGCCCGGGCCCCAGCACUCCAUGUUCGUUAGCCGCAUGGACCAGCAGAUGGAGCUUGCGUGGACGUACCUUGGCAAGGGCCAGAAGAGCGAGGCUCAGAAGUGCUUCGCCGUGUCCACGAGCCGCAUCAACGGCGACUUCGUGUAUUUCAUUUUUCAUCACCUUAGGUUUAGAGGGUACGACUGCCUGCAGGCGCCCUACUUCGCGGGGGCCCAGCUGGCCCACUUUGUCGAGCAGGGAGGGGCGAGGGCCGCGAGCGGGGAUGGUGCGGGGGUGGUGCACCUCCUGCUCCCGGCGGCGCGUGGCGCCCUCGUCGCGUCGCACGCUGCGGCGGGCCUCUGUGCGGGCGAGUCCCGCGAGGCCCUCCGCCUCGCGCGGGCGGCCGAGAGGCGUCUUCGGGAGCACGGCGUGCUCGCGGAGGCGGCGGAGCUGGCUGGUGCUGGCGGAGCUGCUGCGGCCGACAUCGACGACGAGUGGUCGGACGGACGGGCUGGUGAGGAGCCCGCGAUGUGGAUGGAGGUGGAUGCGGACUCGGAGUGUGUCGAUGUCCGCGAUGUGGGCGACCUCUCGGUGCUGCAGGGCCGGCUGGCGCACCAGGCACAUGGUUGUCGUCUUCCUGGAUGUCGGCCUGGCGCUGCGAUCGCGGCGCCCACGAUGGAACUGGACGUGCGGGAGCGUGCGCGGCGGGCGCUCGCGCACCUGCCUGGCCAUGGGGGCUCUUCCCCCUCGUGGCCGCGCUCGACGUGA